GACUGGUGCUCGGAGCAGCAGCAGUAACAGUGUGUAUUUACUCACUGAGAGUUUGUUUUGAGCAGCUGCUGUUUUUUUCUUUAUUUUCUGAGUCUGUUUUUCAGCUGCUGUGCAGCAGCAGCAGGGACCAUGGCAGAUUUUUGGGGAGAUAUAGCGAGUAAGAGAGUAGCUCGAGCCCUGUCGCUGGGCCAUGAUGAAGAAGCAGUGUUAGACCAGGGGAAGACCAGCUCCACCCUCCACACUAACUUUGAAAAAGAGGAACUGGAGAGUCACAGGGCCGUGUACGUCGGAGUCCACGUCCCUCUUGGUCGACAGAGUCGAAGACGUCACCGACACAGAGGACACAGACAUCACCGGAAGAGGCGGGACUAUACCUACCAGGAGGAUGGCCGCGACUCUCCCACAAACGACACUCCGUCUCAAAGGGUCCAGUUCAUCCUGGGAACAGAAGAUGAUGACGAGGAGCACAUUCCCCAUGACCUGUUCACGGAGCUGGAUGAGCUGGCCUUCAAGGACGGAGACGUCCAGGAGUGGAAGGAGAUGGCCAGGUGGCUGAAGUUUGAGGAAGAUGUGGAGGAUGGCGGCGAGCGUUGGAGUAAACCUUACGUGGCCACACUGUCACUGCACAGUUUGUUUGAGCUUCGCUCCUGUAUACUGAACGGCACCGUGCUCCUCGACAUGAGAGCUAACAGCAUCGAGGAGAUAGCAGACAUGGUGAUAGACAGCAUGCUGGCCUCCGGUCAACUGGAGGACGAUCUUCAGGAAAAGGUGAAGGAGGCCAUGUUACGACGUCACCACCACCAGAACGAGAAGAAGCUCAGUAACCGAAUCCCACUGGUGCGCUCCUUCGCCGACAUAGGCAAGAAAUAUUCGGACCCUCACCUGCUGGAGCGUAACGGCCUCCUGGUGUCUCCUCAGUCAGCACCAGGAAGUUUGGACAAUGGCAAAAACAGCGAGACUCGCCUCAACGGAGGCAGCAGAGAAAACAGCAACCCGGGUUUUGGCAAGGUGGACAUGAACUUCAUGAAGAAGAUUCCUCCUGGAGCCGAAGCCUCCAAUGUCCUGGUGGGUGAGGUGGACUUCCUGCAGCGUCCCAUCAUUGCCUUUGUCCGUUUGUCUCCAGCUGUUCUGCUGACAGGACUCACAGAGGUUCCUGUUCCCACCAGGUUUCUCUUCCUGCUGCUCGGUCCGUUUGGAAAAGGUCCUCAGUAUCAUGAGAUUGGACGCUCCAUUGCCACUCUGAUGACGGACGAGAUCUUCCAUGACGUGGCCUACAAGGCCAAAGACCGUAACGACCUGCUGUCAGGGAUCGACGAAUUCCUGGACCAGGUGACGGUUCUUCCUCCAGGGGAGUGGGAUCCAAGCAUCCGCAUUGAGCCCCCCAAGAGUGUCCCCUCACAGGAGAAGAGGAAGAUGCCGUCCGUCCCUAAUGGCUCCGCCCACAUCUCUGACACACUGAAGGAGUCAGAACACUGUCAUCCAGGACCAGAACUUCAGCGGACAGGACGGGUUUUCGGUGGUCUGGUCAAUGACAUCCGUAGAAAAGUUCCGUUCUUAUGGAGUGAUGUUCGUGAUGCUUUUAGCCUCCAGUGUUUGGCUUCCGUCCUCUUCCUGUACUGCGCCUGCAUGUCCCCCGUCAUCACCUUCGGGGGUCUCCUGGGAGAAGCCACCAAAGGCAACAUUAGUGCCAUAGAGUCUCUGUUCGGGGCGUCUCUGACGGGCGUGGCCUACUCCGUGUUCGCAGGUCAGCCUCUCACCAUCCUGGGCAGCACUGGUCCGGUCCUGGUCUUCGAGAAGAUCCUGUUUAAGUUCUGCAGUGACUACGGUCUGGCCUACCUACCGCUGAGGACCAGCAUCGGUCUGUGGACUGCCUUUCUCUGCCUGGUGCUGGUGGCCACUGAUGCCAGCACUCUGGUCUGCUACAUCACUCGUUUUACCGAGGAGGCCUUUGCCGCGCUCAUCUGCAUCAUCUUUAUCUACGAGGCACUGGAGAAGCUUGUCCACCUGGGGGAGCUCUACCCUUUCAACAUGAACAACCACCUGGACAACUUGACGUUCUACAGGUGUCACUGUUCUCCCCCUGGCAACGAUUCAGCCGAACUCCAGCCAAUGUGGAGAAACGGAACGUCCGAGAUCAUCCAGUGGGAGGAGCUUAAUGCAGAGGAGUGUGUACAGCUCCGCGGUGUCUUUGUGGGCUCGGCCUGUGGACACCUCGGUCCAUACGUCCCUGACGUCCUCUUCUGGUCCGUCAUCCUCUUCUUCACCACUUUUUUUCUGUCCUCGUUUCUCAAACAGUUCAAGACCAGGAGCUACUUCCCCACUAAGGUCAGAUCCACCAUCAGUGACUUUGCCAUCUUCCUGACCAUCAUGAUCAUGGUCCUCCUGGAUUAUCUGGUGGGAGUUCCUUCACCCAAACUCCGUGUUCCAGACCGCUUCCAGCCCACGUCCAGCACCCGGGGCUGGUUCAUAUCACCACUGGGCUCUAACCCCUGGUGGACAGUGUUGGCGGCUUCCAUCCCGGCUUUGCUCUGCACUAUUCUGAUCUUCAUGGACCAGCAGAUCACGGCCGUCAUUGUCAACAGGAAGGAGAACAAGCUGAAGAAAGGGUGUGGUUAUCACCUGGACCUCCUGGUGGUGGCGCUGAUGCUUGGGGUCUGCUCCAUCAUGGGCCUGCCGUGGUUUGUCGCGGCCACCGUCCUCUCCAUCUCUCAUGUCAACAGUCUGAAGCUGGAGUCGGAAUGCGCCGCUCCUGGAGAGCAGCCGAAGUUCUUGGGAAUUCGUGAGCAAAGAGUGACGGGAUUCCUGAUCUUCACCCUGAUGGGCUGCUCCGUCUUCAUGACCUCGGUUCUCAAGUUCAUCCCCAUGCCGGUGCUGUACGGAGUUUUCCUCUACAUGGGCGUGUCCUCACUCAAAGGCAUUCAGCUUUUUGACCGGAUCAAACUGUUCGGAAUGCCGGCCAAACACCAGCCGGAUCUGAUUUACCUACGAUACGUCCCUCUUUGGAAGGUGCACAUCUUCACCGUGGUGCAGCUCUCCUGCCUCAUCGUCCUGUGGACCAUCAAGGCCUCGGCUGCAGCCGUGGUCUUCCCCAUGAUGGUCCUGGCUCUGGUCUUCAUCAGGAAGCUGCUGGAUUUCUGCUUCACCAAGAGAGAGCUGAGCUGGCUGGACGACCUGAUCCCUGAGAGCAAGAAGAAGAAGGAGGACGACAAGAAGAAGCAGCAGAAGGAGAAUGCUCAGCGGCUGGUGGAAGAAGACAAUGAUCCGUUGUAUGACAGUGGGAACGCCAUGAAAGAACUGAAAGGACGCUCAGACCCGUCGGAGGUCAACAUUUCAGAUGAAAUGGCAAAGAGUGGAAUCUGGAAAUCCAUCUUCAAGAACUCUGAAAGCAGCAAAUCUCUCCGACACUGCCAUAGCACAGAGAAGGUGCCCAGCAUCCAGAUAGAAGUGGAGAACGAGAACGCAGACAAAGUCGAGAACACGGAGACGCUGCUAUGAUCCACCACACGGUGGUGCUGUUGUGACUUAUUCUUCUUUGGACGGAGGUGAACGGCCUCCAGAAGGACCAAUGAGGCUUCACCUUGUCACGCCCUCUUACUUCUGUUACCUCUGUAUUUUAGCCCCUGAAGGCCAACCUUUAUCAUCGUUUUAUGAUGAAACGCUGUCCAUCAAAGAUGGCUGCUGUCUGUGUCCAACCGUCUCUUACUGUGAUUCAGAGACGUCCAAAACUUUAAAUUGUGAUUUUAAAUGAUCUGUUUUUACCUGAUGAUGCUGGUGUGUGUGUGUGUGUGAGUGUGUGAGACAGAGUGUAUGUGUCUGUUUGUGACAGUGCUUGACCUUGUUGCUGCAGCGACCAAUCAAACACUGACUUUUUCAUGAUUACUGUUUAAAUAAAUCUCCGUUGGUGACCACCGACAGAUCUGAACGUUG